ACCAUCUGGUAACACGGCAAGAGUAAAAAAAAAAGAAUUGACAACACGGAUAAGUCGAAAUGGAUUUCGGGGCGCUGCUGCACUACGCGAAAAAGAAGAACGAUGCGGCCACCAAGGAGGAGCGCCCGGGAGAGGGCAAGUUCUACAGCACCAAGUAUGCGCCGCCCAAGAAGGAGUCCAAGGAGUCCAAGCAGCUGUCCAACAACAUACAGAAGUUCCUGCGCAGGAAGGAGGCCGAGGAGGCGGAGAAGAAGCGCGAGGAGCGCCAGAAGCUCAACGAGCUGCUGGCCAAGCGGGACGAGAAGUCCAAGAACAAGAUCCGCAAAAUGCUCAAGGUCACCAAGUCGGCCAACAAGUCCGUCCUGGAGGAUGCCAACGACGGCGCCGAUGGGGCCCACGAGGCGGGCGAGGGCCAGGGCGACGACUACGGCUAUGUGUCCAACGAGGCGAACGCCUUCUACGAGAAGUACAUCGAGAAGGUGCGCGACGUGCAGGAGGACAAGGGAUUCGCGCCCAGCAGGCCGCAGUCCCUGCGAGACCUCUCCGGGACCAAGGAACGCGUGAAGGCGGCCAUCACCCGGGAGCGUGAGGAGGCCAAGAGUCACACGCGCCAGAGGAGCAGCGGCGGGGCCUCGCACAGCGCCACCAAGUCAAAGGAGCCCAGCGUGGCCCGUUCCUACAGCACCUCGAAGAGCCUGUACGAUCCCGAGGCGGAGAGGCGCGAGGAGGAGCGCAAGAAGCGGCAGGAGGAGGAGCAGCGCAGGGCCAAGAUCAAGCGGCCCGCCCAGCCGCCGCCCAUGGAUUUCCAAGCGCUGCUCCGCCUGGCCGAAAAGAAGCAACACGAGCCCGUGGUCUUUGAGCCCGAGAAGAAGAAGGAAGCGGAGCGCCUGCUGUCCGCCCGCGAGAAGCGCGAAAUGGAGGAGCGCCAGCGGCAGAAGGAGCAGCGCGCCCAGCGCGACAAAAUGCGGGAACUGGAGGCCAAGGGGGGUCCCAAAGCCGGCGCCACCGCCGCCACCAAUCGCAUGGAGCCCAACGGGCGCAUUCCCAAGCUGAAUCAGGCCAAGCCGGCGAGUGCGCCAAGUGAUAGUUUCAAAAAGCCCGCAGUGCCUUCGCCAGCGAAGGCCCGCUCCAGCUCCGUCAGUACACUAAGUUCCAAUUCCCAUUCCUCCACUAGCCGUAGUCCCGCCCCAAGUAUAAGGCCCGCCAGCAAGACAGCUCCUGUGGCCGCCGCCAAGCCAGGCGCGAGUGCAUCGUCGGCGGCGGCGACGGGGCGACCCAGCUCCGUCGCUGGCAAAGCACCCGCCCCUGCCUCCUCGAAGAAUCCCUAUGCGGCGGCCAUCAAAAACGGAGCAGUGCGUGAGUUUCCGCCCAGGGAUCGGCCUGCCGUCCCAGCCAAAGCGCGCCCAGCCACUCCGGCGGAUGGCAAACCGCGACAAUUCCCGCCCGCGGAUGUGCAGAGGUCCUCGGGUGGCCGCCAGUUCCCGCCCGCCGAUGUCAAGAGACGCAAGCCCCAGGAGCAGCCAGGCAACAAAAGACGCAUUUACGACGACGACGAUGAGGACGAGUACGACUCCGAGCUGGAUGACUUCAUCGACGACGGCGACUGCGAGGAGGACAUAUCCUCGCACAUCCGCGACAUCUUCGGCUAUGACAAGCGGCGCUAUCGCGACAUGGACGACGACGACCGGGGGAUGGAGUCCAGCUUUGCGCAGAUGCAGCGCGAGGAGUUCAUCAGCAAGAAGUUGGGCAUGCAAGAGGACCUGGAGGACAUGCGCAUGGAGGCGGCGCACAAGAAGCAAAAAAUGGCCAAAAAGCGAAUCAAACGCAUCGACGACGACGACGACUAGUCUGUCGAGGUGUCGUGCAAAUCUCAAAAUAUCCGAAGUGCGACCUUAAGUGUUAUCUUAUCUGGCGGACGACUCAGGCCCGCCCGAUGCUGAAGUGCAGGAGCUGUGCCCGUUGAGCUUACAUAUGUCUGAGGAUAGUGUUUAGUUAGUUACGUGCCCUAGUUUAGCAUAAGCACACCCAAGCACACACACACAGCACACUCAAGGUAUGUGCGCCUAUAUAUAGACCAUCUAUAGUCAUCUAUUUUUGCUAUCUGAAAACGGAAACUCACACAGAAUGGAGCUAACUUCGUCUAGCCGUUGUCUUUUUGAUAGGUGUACAUAUGUCUCUCUUGAUUUCCCCGAGUCUUCGCUUGAAAUAGGAACGCCAGAUAUACACAUUUCACUUUUGAUUUCCCUGCGGUUUCCGUGUCGAAUGAGCAUGCAAAUGAAAUGCGUCGGUUUGCUGGCCCCGGGGCUUUGAACUUUCCUCACAAGCGCUUCGUUGCCUUGAGAAGGUGCACAAAUUCGUCACCCUCAAAUUUAAAAACCAGUUUGAGCACUUUUUCUUUCCGUUUCCCUUGCUUUAAGCCGCUGCAAUUUUACAUGUACCUUAGCUAGCCCCAAUAAACAUUUAUUUUAUGGAUCAGGCUAUUUUUGUUUGGAAUUACUAGCUGCAUAUGACUUCGUUUGCUGGGCUUAGCAGCCUCUUUUUGUAGCCUUGUGAAGAAUAAAUUUUAAAAUUAUAUUUAAGGCCCUUUCUUAUCGAAAAGAACUUCAUAAUUACUUUGUUGUUUCGUGCAGCAUUUGCUUAUGCCAUAAGUUUUUAGCUAUUGUUAUUGUGUAAAAACUACAUUUUCUAAAUUUUGUUGAAUAGAUAAUUUGUUUUGUCAAAUAUUCGGCUAUAUCUUAGUUACACAAAAACCCUGACAGCUAUUUUCAUCAUUAUUUUCGAGGAACUCGGAAGACUCUAAGCGAAGUUAGCUAUCUGUUUUCGAAUAAAGUGAGUUUAGAUAUUACGCCUGAAGUUUUGUAUAUGUUUUCUACAAUAAAACAGAUCUCUCCUAAGGAAA